UUUUAAAGCUUUGUUUCUCUCUCUCUCUCUCUCUAUUCUUUCUCUCUCUCUCUAUCUCUUCUGGUUCUCCUCCUCCUCCACCUCCACCUCCUCUUCCUCAUCCUCAUCUGUCGAAACCCGGCGUUGGGAAACAGAAUCUUCCCCCUUUCCGAUUCUCUCCUCUCCAUUAAACCGCAGAUUCCGGUUUUUUCUACCCUUUUCUGUCUGUCUCUCUCUCUCUCUCUGCAUAUACAUACAACUUCACAUAUAUCUAUCUGUCUGUCCAUCUAUUCCUAGAUCCUCAUCACUCUCUCUCUCUCUCUCCCUCUCUCUUUCUCUCUCUCCUAUCUUUGGUUUCUUCUAUGGGUGUGGGCUUCUCACCUGCAAACAACGAUUAGCAGAAAGAAGAAGAAGAAUCGAGAGGAUCGUAUGAAAAUGGGUUCGAUUCCGCCGGAACUCAGCUUGGAUAUCAGGCCCACCUACGUCGCCAAAACGAUCACCGACUUUCUCGCUGAGCUGGCCGCGAUCCGCAGCGCCUCGGACCGUCUCGUGAGGAUUGACGAUUUUGUCAGCAGGUUGGAGGACGAAAUGCGCAAGAUCGACGCCUUCAAGCGCGAGCUCCCCCUCUGCAUGCUCCUCCUCACCGAUGCUAUUGGGACUUUGAAGGAGGAAUCGGUCAAGUGUAGGGCAAGAAAUGUCGAGCCGGUGCUGGAAGAAUUCAUCCCCUUGAAGAGAAAGUGUGAUCGAGACAACGACAAGAGCGAGGAUAAGAAGGAGAAGAUGAAUUGGAUGAGCUCGGUGCAGCUCUGGAACAGUGACGAUCACAAAACCACCGAUCCUAAACGCGAAAAUCAGAAACAGAUGAAUUCGUUGCCGCAGUUCAUCAAGGGAGCUGGAGAGGAGUGUGAUUUUGCGGGCGAUGAUCCGUUUCAGUCCGCUAAAAAGGGGAAUGGAUUGAGGGCAUUCAUGCCGUUCAAGGGCUGCUCGGUUUUCCCAGCUAUGCCCGGCAAGAAGGAGGAGAACAAGGAGGAGGAGUUCCCCAUUCCCGGGCUGUCGCUUCUGACGCCGGGGAUUAAGAACCCGAGGGGAGAAGUUAGCUGCAGUAGUAGUAUUCGUCCCAAAACCAGUGCUAAUAGGGGGGGUUCCUCCAGUACCCCGAAUGCCCAUUCGGGUUUAAGGGCUGGACCUCAGCUGCCUCAUCAGCAGACUCCCCGGAAACAGAGAAGGUGUUGGUCGCCGGAGCUGCAUAGGCGGUUUGUCAACGCGCUGCAGCAGCUUGGCGGUUCACAAGUGGCCACUCCAAAGCAGAUUCGAGAGCUUAUGCAGGUGGAUGGGCUCACUAACGACGAAGUGAAGAGUCAUUUGCAAAAAUACCGGCUUCAUACCCGAAGACUCCCAACUACUGCAUCCACUCCUGCUGCAAAUCAAUCGGUGGCCAUAUUGGGAGGUUUGUGGAUGCCACACGAUCAGUACGGGGAAUCAUCAAAGCAAAGUAGUUCGCAAUCGGGUUCUCCACAGGGUCCUCUCCAGUUAGCCGGGGCGGGUGGGGGCACGUCCACAACAGGCGGGGACAGCAUGGAGGAAGAAGAAGAAGAGAAGUCAGAGAGCUAUGGCUGGAGAAGCCACAUUCAGAAACCUGGAAAAGAUGAUGUAUAGAAGAACCCAAAUCCACCAUGAAUUUUGCAGAUAAACAAAAGAAACUGUUGCAUGGGAGGAGUUGAGUUGAGUUGAGUUGAGUCAAAUCAUGGAGUCGUUGACACUAAGUAGUACAUUAUACAUAAAGAGGGAGCUGUAGAGAGGCUGUGAAAUUUUUGCAGGAUUAGUAUUCUUAUCAUCCAUCUUUCCUUCCUUCCUGUCUUGUCUUGAAUGGAGAGUUCUUCUUCUUCUUCUUUUUGUUAUCUAUCAGUUUCGGCUUAAAGAAUAUAUGAACAUAUCCACAUCUCUCAACUA